CUUUAUCAUUACUGUUAGUACAACCCUAAACCCUAAAACAGUUGUUCUGGACCUAGACACCACUGGUACACAACGGAGUAGUAGUAGUAGUGAGUCGAAAGAAGUGGUCGACGCGAAUCGUGUGGGACGGAAUGUUGUUGCGGGUGGACACGCGACGUUCAAACAUAUUGAGUGUGCGUGUCCGUCAUUGGUGCCAGGAUCGACGCGGAUGAGUACAGUGGUACAGCGAGAUAUUAGGGCAUGCUGCGUGUUGGCACUAUAUAAAGAACACUCUUUGUAAAGAACACACAAUAAUACAUCCACACUCGAACAAAGACUUUAAAACAUGAAAUACACAACCACAAUACUAUACUUCGCAACGGUGGCUUGCUCGGCUGGUAUGGCCGCAUCCACAGCUUCAUCCUCGUCAUCCAUCAUCAAGUGUCAAGACUGGGAAGGCCUUUGCCGCACUGGAACCACCUACAGCAAAAGUGAUACAAGAUGCAAGGACAGAUUCGACUCCAUCAUGGCGUGUGUGGACCUAUGCUGCAAGCCGCUUGUUGCACCGUCUCCGUCCCCGAAGCCACGAUCCAUCAUUGAAUGCAAGGAGUGGGAUGGACAUUGCAGCGUAGGAACCGAUUACGAUCGAAGCGAAAAGGACACUAGAUGCAAGGACAGAUCCGAAUCCACCAUGGCGUGUGUGGACCUAUGCUGCAAACCGCUUGUUGCACCGUCUCCGUCCCCAAAGCCACAGUCCAUCAUUAAAUGCAAGGAGUGGGAUGGGAAUUGCCGCGUAGGAACCGACUACUAUCGAAACGAAAAGGACACCAGAUGCAAGGAUAGAUCGGACUCCACCAUGGCGUGUGUGGACCUAUGCUGCAAGCCACUUGUUGCACCCUCCCCUUCCGCUAAACCUUCCUCCGUCAUCAAAUGUAAAGAGUGGAAUGGAAACUGUCGUCUUGGAACCUAUUAUGACCUGAGCGAAAAGAACACCAGGUGCAAGGACAGAACCAGCUCGACCAUGGCUUGCGUUGAUGAGUGCUGCAAGCCCCUCGUAGCGCCAACCCCACCUGCCAAGCCCUCAAUCAUCAAAUGCAAAGACUGGGAAGGUCGUUGCCGCAUUGGAACCUACUAUGACCAAAAGUCAAAGGACACCCGGUGCAAGGACCGAACUGAUUCCACAAUGGCAUGUGUGGACAAAUGUUGCAAAUAA